AUGGCAGACGCGCCCAAUGCCAACGACGAGCUUUAUCCCAUCGCCGUCCUCAUCGACGAGCUCAAGCAUGACGAUGUCCUCCUCCGUCUGAAUGCUAUUCACCGUCUCUCCACCAUCGCCCUCGCCCUAGGCGCUGAGCGCACCCGCGACGAGCUCAUUCCUUUUCUAGACGAGUCUGUCGAAGAUGAGGAUGAGGUUCUCGUCGCUCUGAGCGAAGAGCUGGGCAGCUUCAUCGACUACGUCGGUGGCCCUCAGUGGGGUCAUGUCCUUCUCUCCCCGCUUGAGAACCUCGCUGCUAUCGAGGAACCCGUCGUACGGGACAAGGCCGUCGAGUCUCUGAACAAGAUCUGCGAGCAGCUCUCAUCGAAACAAGUCGAAGAAUACUUCGUGCCCCUCACAUUCCGCCUCUCCAAGGCUGACUGGUUCACCUCGAAAGUGUCGGGAUGCGGCCUCUAUACCACCCCUUACAAGAAGGUAUCGCCUCCCGUCCAAGAACAAUUACGCCAGCAGUUUGGACAGCUCGUCCACGAUGAAACUCCCAUGGUCCGCAGGCAGUCUGCGACCCACCUGGCCAAGUUUGUGAAGGAGAUGCCCGCCACGAUUGUUGUUGAAGAGAUGAUACCCCUGUUCCAGCACCUCGCACAAGACGACCAAGACAGCGUUCGACUGCUCACGGUCGAGAUUCUGAUCUCCAUCGCCGAGGUCGUCCCCAAGGAGCAACAGUCUAGCCACGGCGUGCUCCUGACAUCACUCCGGAGCCUUAUUGAGGACAAGAGUUGGAGGGUCAGAUAUAUGAUCGCCGAUAGGUUCGAGAAGAUCGCCAAGGCCGUAGACGAGGAGGUUGUGUCUCGUGACCUGGUUCCAGCUUUCGUGAAGCUGUUGAAAGACAACGAGGCCGAGGUCCGCACCGCUAUCGCCGGCCAGAUACCCGGCUUCUGCGCUCUGGUCGACCACGAUACCCUGCUGAACGAGAUCAUGGGCAGCAUCGAGGAUCUUGUUUCGGAUAGCUCUCAGCACGUCCGCGCUGCCUUGGGCACUCAGAUCUCGGGCCUUGCCCCCAUCCUCGGCAAACAGGAGACUAUUGAUCACCUGCUGCCCAUGUUUCUUCAGAUGCUCAAGGACGAGUUUCCCGAAGUCCGCCUUCACAUCAUCUCCAAGCUCGAACUGGUCAACCAAGUUAUUGGCAUCGACCUUCUAUCACAAUCACUCCUGCCUGCUAUAGUCCAGCUUGCUGAGGACAAGCAAUGGCGCGUACGCCUAGCUAUCAUCGAGUACAUUCCCCUGCUGGCCAGCCAACUUGGUGUCAAGUUCUUCGAUGAGAAGCUUAGCGGUCUUUGCAUGGGCUGGCUUGGCGAUACUGUCUUCUCGAUCCGAGAGGCUGCCACUCACAACCUCAAGAAGCUGACUGAGGUCUUUGGCGUUGAGUGGGCUAGCGAGGCCAUCAUCCCCAAGGUCAUGGCCAUGGGCAACCACCCCAACUACUUGUACCGGAUGACCACUUGCUUCGCCAUCACCACCCUGGCAAGCGUGGUCAGCAUGGAUGUCAUUGGCAAGAACAUCCUGCCCAUGCUCGAUAAGCUCGUCGUGGACGACAUCCCCAACAUCCGAUUCAACGUCGCCAAGACAUAUGCUGUCCUCAUCGACGUCCUCAAGCGCCUGCCUGAGGAGGGUACCAUCUACUCUCUCGAGAAGGCGGGCACUGCCUUCAGCCCGUCGCCGAGAGGCCAGGAGCUCAUCCAAAACCGGGUCCUACCGAGCCUGGAGAAGCUGCAGAAGGAUGACGAUGUCGACGUGCGGUACUUUGCCACGACGGCUGCUGCGGUUGCUAACGGCGGCACGGCACCCGGUGGAGAGCCGAUGAGCACUUCCCCAUAG